CUCGGUUUGACGAUCCCUUUUUUUGCGUGUUAUUUUCUUCUGUUCGCCUUAUGUGUGCCCUGACUCGCCGGAUCUUCCCGAUCUCAAAGACAGCUUCAGAAUUACCCCGAGUAGCGCUCCAGCUGUCUGCACAACGGUCGCUGGCCAGACGACAGAUAACGGUUGAGGCGAUCAUUGGACAAAUGUAUGGUAAAAAUUGUGCAUCCAUUGGCUGAUGGCAUGGCUUCUUGGCUGA